AGAAAAAAAGAAAAGAAAAAGAAAAUGUUGUUCUGUCAGAAGGUAACUAGAAUGAAGUAUUUUGUAUUUUAUCAGAAAUUUGUACAGUGACUGAUACGAUGUUCAUCAUCCAUCAUCCAUCAUCAAUCAUCCAACAUAUAAUCAUCAAUCAUCAAUCAUUUAUCAUCAAUAUGUUAUGUGUUUUUAAUGUACUCUACCGCCAUCUCUGGAGCGAUAUCUGAAAAAGUGGUAAUGCGCCAUUCAUUUUGGGAAAGUACGAUAUUUUAUUUUAUAACAUCACGAAAAGCAUUUUCUUGUGACCCGAAAAAAAAGACUUUGAAAACACUGUGUAACUAUUGUGAUAACAUAUUUGUCAUUGUGCGCAUUUAUUGA